AUGAGUGCCUCGAUGCCCCUGGAGGGCCACAGUCUGGCCAUCUUCGUGGUCUCGGUGGUGAUGAUGUGUAUAGCCACCCUUGCGGUGGCCCUGCGCAUCUUCGUCCGGGUCUAUCUGGUGCGGGCGUUUGGCUGGGAUGAUGCCCUGAUGAUUCUCGCCCUGGCUCUCUUCAUCUUCUUGGACAUCUGCUGCAUCAUUGGAUCCGAAAACGGUAUUGGACAUAAAAACGACGACUUUACGGAUUUGCAGACAUAUGAGCGAGCCCUUCUAUGGUGGUGGCUCGGCCAGAUGCUAUAUCUCUGGUCCUCCGGCGUGGCCAAGAUCUCCAUCGCCCUCGCCCUGCUGCGACUCACCGUGCGCAGACUGCAUCGCAUCAUCCUCUGGGCCAUCAUCGGGGUCGUGAUUGCCAUUGGCCUGAUGUUCUGGUUUAUCCUCCUGCUGGAUUGCCGUCCGAUCUCUUACUUUUGGCUGCGGGUCGACCCAACCCAUACCGGCACCUGCCAACCCAUCCGGAUUCUUCUGGCCAUUGCCUAUCUCUACAGUGGUAUUACCAUCUUCUGUGACCUCACGCUGGGCAUCCUGCCCAUGUUUUUGAUAUGGCGUCUGCAAAUGAACAACCGGACCAAGAUUGCCCUGGGAGGGGUUCUUAGCCUAGGAGCUGUGGCAAGUGUCGCCGUCAUCAUCCGGCUCCCAUUUCUCCAUUACUACGAAGACAUCAAUUUCCUCUACUCCACCUACCAAAUCGCAAUCUGGUCCAUCAUGGAGACCGGACUCGGCAUUACCGCCGGCAGUCUAGUCACGCUGCGGGCCUUAUUCCGCUGGUUUCUAGAUAGCAAUCCCUACCACAGACGCGGCGGAAAACCCAGUGGCAGACAGUAUCCCCUAUCCAGCUUGACAGGCGAUGCCUCGAAGAAAAGCUCCCGCGAUCCCAGCUACUGGCGUCCGGACCUGGUCCCAGACAAACUGAACAACCUAACCGUGACAACAGUCUCAUCACCCAUGGCUCGGAGUCCCCUCAGCGAGGCCAACAGCAGCCAGGAGGUUUUGAACCCGGCCGACGAGGCCUGGAAUGCGCGGAACCAGGUUAGCAUCCACCGGACCUUUCAGGUGUCGGAGGGGGAGUAG